AUGGAGGUGCGGUCAAUUGUGCUGGACAAAUGGGCUGGGAAGACUAUCAGCAACACUAGAAAGUCUCAGCGGAACGCUGCUGUUCAUGGAGGUAGCAUCCUUGCCGACUAUGAUGUGAUCCUCCGGGAGGUUGACCAGUUAGACUCGAGGGUGGACCAGUGGAAGCCGGCGUUUGAAUUUCACUAUAAUGUGUGGUGGGAGUUUCUUUGUGCCCGUGGAGGGCUUGAUUCAGCUAGCAAAGAGCUGAUUCGGAUCUUUGAUUAUCUUGCGAAUAUUAGAUCGCUUAAGAAAUGGGAGGACUGGAAAAUUCAGUCCAACCCCAACACAUCUUCUAAGAAGAUGAAAGAUCGUGCUAAAAUUGUUGAAAUCUGUACCAGCUGGAUCGAUAAGUGGGUGGGUGAUACCAUGGACACCAUCCCGACAAAGGCUCAGAUGGAGAGACUACGACAGCUCUCCCACCAGGCGUAG